UGCAAAGGGCACUUGUGUAAGUGAGCGUAAUUUCUUCGAUCUCGUUCAUCGGUGACCGAAUUUUCCUUCAGUUUUGCCCGGUUGAACGUUUAAGUUAUCAGUGAAAAAAUGGCAGGCUGUAGAUUGUUCGGGGCACUAAGCAAAUUUUCACGAAUGAAUGUUCAUUUCGUGACCCGAGGAGCAUUGCACACACCAUUGAGAAUGCUUGCUACAGGAGCAACGCAAAAACAUUUCAAAUGCAAAAUUGUCGAUGAUGUCGCUGUUGUUACCCUUGAUACACCCGGGACAAAGGUCAAUACCUUAAACGGCGAAGUUAUGCAAGAAGUGGUGCAAGUUUUAAAAGACAUAGAGACAAAUGCUGCUGUAAAAUCUGUAGUAUUUAUGAGUGGGAAGCCAGGAAAUUUUAUAGCUGGAGCAGAUGUGACAAUGUUACAAAAAGUUAAGAACGAACAAGAAGCGUAUGAAAUCUCAAAAGACUGUCACAAAAUUUUGGAUACAAUUGCUCAAAGUCCAAAGCCUGUUGUUGCAGCGAUUCAAGGAACUUGCUUAGGAGGUGGUUUGGAGUUCGCGUUAGCCUGCCAUUAUCGUCUCGCUGUGAAUGACUCUAAAACAAAAUUAGGACUGCCAGAAGUGAUGUUGGGUUUGUUACCAGGCGGCGGAGGUACCCAAAGGUUACCAAAAUUGACUGCACUGCCGAAUGCUUUGGACAUGACAUUAACAGGAAAGCAGAUAAAAGCAGACAAGGCAAAGAAAUUCGGGCUUGUUGAUAUGUUGGUGAAUCGAUUGGGGCCAGGAGUUGCAUCGAGCGAGGAAAAUACAAUGAGAUACUUGGAGGAAAAUGCGAUAAAAGUAGCCAAAGAUCUCGCUAGUGGAAAACUCAAACCAGACCGUGAUCCAAAAACUAUCACUGCUAAAGUAAUGAACUGGGCAUUUUCUACCGAAUUUGUUAAGAAUCAAGUUUUCACCCGGGCCAAAGCACAAGUUAUGAAAAUGUCCGGUGGCCUUUAUCCAGCUCCAUUGAAAAUACUCGAAGUCAUUCGCACCGGGCUUGACAAAGGUACCAUCGCUGGUUUUGAGGCCGAAGCACGAGGUUUUGGCUACCUGGCGAAUACACCCCAGUGCAAAGGACUCAUUAGUCUCUUCUUCGGUCAAACCGCUUGCAAGAAGAACAGAUUUGGUGCCCCGAAGAACGCUGUCAACAAAAUAGCUGUAGUUGGAGCUGGCCUAAUGGGAGCCGGAAUCGCUCAUGUGAGCAUAGACAAAGGUUACAAUGUUGUACUUAAAGACACAAAUAAUGCUGGACUAUUCAGAGGAGUUGGACAAAUUCAAACAGGAAUGGAAAACGCGGUAAAGCGAAAACGUAUAAGCAGCAUUGAAAAAUCGAAGUUCCUCUCGAAUCUUGAGCCAACGCUGUCUUACGAUGCGUUCAAGAAUGCCGACGUAGUAAUCGAAGCAGUUUUCGAAGAUUUAGGAAUAAAACACAAAGUAAUUAAAGAGAUCGAGGCUAAUGUGCCGGAUCAUUGUGUGGUUGCAACCAACACAUCGGCCAUACCAAUAAGCAAAAUCGCUGCUGGCAGCAGUCGGCCAGAGAAGGUGAUUGGAAUGCAUUAUUUUUCGCCAGUCGACAAAAUGCAGCUCCUUGAAUUGAUAACACACAAAGGAACGUCCGAAGAAACCAUUAAAACAGCGGUCGACGUUGGUUUGAAACAAGGCAAAGUGGUUAUCACUGUCGGCGAUGGUCCCGGAUUUUACACAACGAGAAUCUUGAGCGCAAUGAUGUCCGAAUUUUUGAGACUGUUGCAAGAAGGCGUCGAACCUAUGGAUCUCGAUAAAUUAACUAAGAAAUUCGGCUUUCCUGUUGGAAUCGCAAUCCUCGUAGAUGAAGUUGGAAUCGACGUUGGUGCCCACAUCAGCGUCGAUUUGGCCCAGGCACUAGGCCCGAGGUUCUCCGGUGGUGAUGUCCACAUUCUUGGUGAUAUGACCAAAGCUGGAUUUAUGGGUCGAAAAUCUGGUAAAGGUAUCUACGUUUACGAGACCGGUUCGAAGCAUCGGGAUGUUAAUCUCGGAGCUCUCGAUAUUUUGAAGAAAUACAAGCUAGAGCCAAAAGGCAGCACUUCCGACGAAGACCGUCAAUUGCGACUAGUCACGAGAUUCGUCAACGAGGCAGUUUUAUGUUUGGAAGAAAAAAUUCUUGCGAAUCCGCUCGAAGGCGACGUAGGAGCUGUUUUCGGUCUCGGCUUCCCGCCGUUCACGGGCGGACCAUUCAGAUGGAUAGAUUCGUACGGCGCGGGAAACCUCGUGAGAAAAAUGGAAGAAUUCCAAUCUCACUAUGGUGAAGCAUUCAAGCCAUGCCAGAUGCUUUACGACAUGGCCGCUGAUUCGACGAAGAAGUUCUACGCUCAGUAAUUAAAAAACGACACUCGUCGAUAUAAUAUUACACGGAAAAAAGGAACGGUUGGACGAAACAGAAGUGCAUUUUGAGAUCGACGAAAAUGACACGAUUUUCGUCGAAUAUUACGAACUUAAAAGCUAAAAGAAAUAACGCAUUUUGAGACUAGCUAAUCGCGGUCUUCCUACUGCCGCAUCUCGCUCGAGCAGGCGAGAAUACCAAAUCUUUUGAACACCAAAAAAAAUCAUGGAUAAAGGAUAUUAAUAAUCUCGCAAAUGGUCGCUCGUAAUAAUUAGCGAAUGAAUGACUACGAUAGCAUUGUUAACCUAUUUUCAGAAAGAGAUGGAAAAAACUCGUUUUUAUCAGCUAUUUGAUAUUUUAGUACUUUCAUAUUUUUGGAUAAAUAUUACGCAUGUUAUGACGUAGUUGGCUAUAUUAUAUAUUUUAAGUAUAUAUAUAUUUUUUGAAUAUGAGACGAGAGUCGAUUGGAGGAACUUGAAAUAAACAGGAUUUGUACAAUAAA